AUGGGCCAAUCAGUACAGUGUCAAAUAUCACCUGUUUGGGUUGGUCCAGUAGCAAUGUCAGGUGCACGUUAUGAAUUAUCAUUUGUUGUUACUCUACCUGGUUUCGGGCUCAAUACAUACUUAAUUCAUUCUGUUUAUAAUAAUAAUUUACCAGAAAGUGUUUAUCUAGCAAAUAUAACAUUAUUCAACACCGCAAUACCGCCAUCAAAUGUACCAGGAUUUGCGGACGUUAAAGUACUCCCGUCAACACAAGAAUUUUCAAUAACUCAACGUCCAGAAAUUUCAGCAUCUUUCUCAAAAUCUGGAUUACUUAAAGCCAUUAAAAUUGGAGAAACUACUGUUCCAGUACACUUGGAAUUUGUUAAAUAUGGAACUCAAGGUAUAGGACAUCAUCGGAGUGGAGCUUACCUAUUUAUUCCAGAUAAAUCAGAACCCGAUCCAAUUUAUAUGAAUAAUGAUCGCACUAUUCACUUAGUCACAGGGCCUAUUUUAUCGCGAGUUUUUAUACAAUUGCCCCAUGUUAAACAUACUUAUACGUUAUUUAACUCGCCUGGUAGUGACGGAUUAGGUCUUCAUAUUUCUAAUGAAGUUGAUAUUACUGAGACACAAAAUUUUGAAUUGGCAAUGCGCUUAAGCACAAACAUUGCGUCUGGUGAUCAGUUUUUCACUGAUUUAAACGGCCUGAAUAUGAUUAAGCGUCAAAGAUUUCCAAAAUUACCCACUCAAGCGAAUUAUUAUCCCCUUCCAGCAGCUGGUUAUAUUGAAGACAAAAAAGUACGAUUAACAGUUAUAACUGGACAACCUUUAGGAGCUUCAUCAAUGGCUUCUGGACAAUUUGAAAUAAUGCAAGACCGCAGAUUAAUGCAAGAUGAUCGACGUGGUCUCGAGCAAGGAGUUAUUGAUAAUUUACUGACGAAUCAUCAGUUUAUGCUAGUCUUAGAAAAAAAGAAACAAUCCUGCAGUAGUUCACCUGUGCCUAAUCAUCCUGCAGGAAUACUUUCUAUUGGUGGAUUGUUAGCGUCAGAAGAACUUUUACAUCCUCUUGUUGCUAUGCAUCCACAUCCGUCGUCAGACAUAGAUUAUAAUGGCCAUUUUUCACCGCUUCGUUUUGACCUUCCUGUAGAUCUAUCAAUUGUUAACCUUCGUGUUUUUCCAGUACCUGAAGGUGCAGGUAAAGGUGUUGGUAUGGUAUUGCAUCGUGAACCUAUUGAUAUUUGUUGGAGCGAGGAAUUAAUCUCCAGUCGUUUUAAUAUAUCAAAUAAUGGAGAAAUAAACCUAACUAAAUUUUUCAAUUUUAUUGAAGAUUGGACCAUUAGUGAAGCACCUUUAACUUUUAGUAAUGUAGGACCUUCACUUAAAUCACCAACUAUUAAUUUAUGUCCUCAUCAACUUUCAGCUAUUUUAUUCCACAAAACACAGUCUUAA